AUGUUUUCUCAAAUUAUAUGCCGAUUAUUUCUCCUCUUUGGCAUCUCUCUCUCUCUCUCUCUCUCUCUCUCUCUCUCCCUGUAUCUAUCUAUCUAUCUAUCUAGCUAUCUAGCUAUCUUAGUCUGUUCACUAUCUAUCUAUCUAUCUAUCUAUCUAUCUAUCUAUCUAUCUAUCUCAGUCUGUUCAUAUCUACCUAUGUAUCUAUCUAUUUAUCUAUCUCAGUCUUCUCAUAUCUAUUUAUCUAUCUAUCUCUGUUCAUAUCUAUCUAUCUCAGUCUCUUAUCUAUCUCAUUCUGUUCAUGUCUAUCCAUCUAUCUCAGUCUGUUCAUAUCUAUCUGUCUAUCUAUCUAUCUAUCUAUCUAUCUAUUUCAGUCUGUUCAUAUCUAUCUCAGUCUGUUCAUUAUCAAUCAAUCUAUCUAUCUAUUUCAGUCUGUUUAAUAUCUAUCUGAUUCUAUUUAUAUCUAUCUAUGUAUCCAUCUAUUUUCAAUCUGUUUAUUAUCUAUCUGAUUCUGUUCAUGACUAUCUAUCUAUCUAUCUAUCUAUCUAUCUAUCUAUCUAUCUAUCUAUCUAUCAUUUAUUAUCUGCCAUAAUCACCUACCUUUUAACAAAGUCCACUGAAAGCAGCCACCCCACUCUCUCCCUAUUUCUCUCUAUCUUUAUCCAUCUUUAUCUAUCUAUCUAUUUAUCUAUCUAUCUAUUUCUCUCUCUCACGCGCACACAUACACGUGAUGCGAUUUUUUUUAACAUAUCUACAAUAUGA